AUGAGGAACUCCGAGAGGACAUCGCAUCGAGUUCGCUGGCGCAAGUCUCGCAAGUCUCGAUCACAUCUGCGGAACAGAUCUCAUGGCGAAGGCAGCGAAAAUCCAAUUUCAUUGUGCAGAGCUGAUCAGAAUCAGGUCCCAACACUACCUUGGCCGCACAAGGGGAUCGAUUGGGCGACUAUGUGUGGCCAUGCUCAUCGAUAUUUUCGUCCAGGAGCGGAGAGAGAAUCGUCUAGAUCAGCUGCUCGCAAUGAAUUCGUUGCCUCGCACAGAGAGAUUCGCAAUGCGACAGGGGCUCCAAAAAUUCACACUAAGAGCAAAGUGCACCCGGCUCGAUGUUCGAAGUCUUCGACCUUGCCGGUGGCCCUCUUGAAACAUUCCCGGUUUGGAAAUACGACCAAGAAACCACUGUUCGAGCGAAGUGAUCAGAGAAGUCAAAUUGGUGAUGGUUUCGCGACACACGAGCGUUGUCGGCAACGUGCGGACGAUUCCAAAUCUCGCAUCUCGCGUCGGCCACGACCUCCGAGAAUCCCAAAGCGUUCGCAAAUCCAGGCCCUAUCAUUGGCUGAAUAUUGUCGAAGCGAAUUUGGAAUUAUUGGCAUCGGAGCUUCGGCUCCAACUGCGAUGGACGACAGCAGUCACCGCGGUCUUCACAGAUCGCCCAAGAUUCCCGGUCGCCAUCAAUAUUUGAGCCAGUCAUCACCAAGUCUCGAUCUGGCUUCCCAUUCAGAUGGAGUGCGUCCAAAAUCCGCCCACAUUGAGCGUGCGCUUCCCGCCCUCGCAAAUCCGAGGUAUGACAUGGAUUCAUUUCGGGCACAUUUAUCCCCGAAUGUGCAGGUGCCCAAUAGCGAUACCGGCUAUUUCAAGGAAGAUCUUGUUCAUACAAACUGUGGCAUACAAUUCUUGAGGUCCGAAGCUGUACUGUCAUAG